AUGGCGCCCAUCCGGAGGUUUUCUGCCGCGGAGAAAGGAAAGACUCCCCUCGACGGGCCGGUGGCGCUCCCGCCGAAGAAGAGGCAGCCGCCAGCCACCUUCCCCAUCGUUUUCCGCGCCGAUCCCUGCCCGCCUCCGCCACUUGUCGCCGCCACCGCCACGCCCUUCGGCCUAUCCCACGCCGCCACAUCGCCCUCCCCGCCGCCCGUAGCCACUGGGGAGCUGCCACGCGUCCCCAGUGAGCCCCUGCCCACUCCCCGCCGCCGCUGGCCCGUCCAGGCCCGCGCAGGGCCCGCCAAGCUCAUCGGGGCCCGGGUCGGCCCGACCCCGCGCCGCUGCCCGCUCCCCGCCUCGCCCCGCACCUCCAGCUCGGCGCCCGAGCGCCACCGCCCCGCCGUCGUCACCGGCAACCCACCGGACCCCGCCGCCGGCCUCCUCCGUGCGCCGACCGCCGUCGCCUCGUCCCCACCGAUAGCCAGCGAGCUCCGCCUCCCCUCCAUCAGCCCCGUCGUCGCCAGACCUCGUCGGAGCAGGAGCUCCCCCGCGCCGGCCCUCCUCCGCGCCGCCCCGCCGGUUCCAGCCCCGCCGGACCUCGCCCUCCGCCUCUCCUCCGACUGGAUCCGGUCGGAGUUCGCCGGAUCCACCUGCUCCGACCUCCUCCGCGCAUCGCCUGUGUCGCCCUCGCCGCCGGCCACCGCCGCGGCCACGGCCUCGCCGUCGGGAUGGCCCCGUCCCUGGACACCGUCCUAUCAGAACCAACGCGCACAGCCCGUUCCGCCCCGCUCCGUCCAGGGUCCUCCCCGUCCAACUUCUCGCCGAGGGUAUAUUUUGACCAAGUCCCCGGAAUUCUAUCAUUCCGGUGCCCUGUUGAUCGUGCUAUAA